CUGCUGCUCAGCUUUUUACAUAACCAUUCCCUGCAGAAACAGUUAAAUGGGUGCCUGCUGUUCCUGUUGAGUGGGUGGAGCAUGACACACGCCAGGGGUCAAGGGGGAACAAAGGUAAUGCCCCCCUAAGGAGGUGCUGUGUCAGAUUUGGAUAUUUUAAACCAAGGAAGGGUUGACGGGGACAAAGUCCCACCCAGCAGGAUGACGGAAGACACGCCCCAGAGGAAGACGUCAGCCAGGAAUCCCCGCGCGGUCAGCCUCUUGCUGGGGGUGCGGCAGCGGCAGCAACCGAUGGCAAGUCUGGAGAAGCAGGGUGAGAUGGAGGUGUGGCCAGGCCUGUACGCACACCUCACCUCCCAGCUGAUGGCCCUGGUGCGGGGCAAGGUGGUGCUGGUGCUGGAGGUGUGGCCAGGCCUGUACGCACACCUCACCUCCCAGCUGAUGGCCCUGGUGCGGGGCAAGGUGGUGCUGGUGCUGGAGGUGUGGCCAGGCCUGUACACACACCUCACCUCCCAGCUGAUGGCCCUGGCACGGGGUAAGGUGGUGCUGGUGCUGGAGGUGUGGCCAGGCCUGUACACACACCUCACCUCCCAGCUGAUGGCCCUGGCGCGGGGCAAGGUGGUGCUGGUGCUGGAGGUGUGGCCAGGCCUGUACGCACACCUCACCUCCCAGCUGAUGGCCCUGGCGCGGGGCAAGGUGGUGCUGGUGCUGGAGGUGUGGCCAGGCCUGUACGCACACCUCACCUCCCAGCUGAUGGCCCUGGCGCGGGGCAAGGUGGUGCUGGUGCUGGAGGUGUGGCCAGGCCUGUACGCACACCUCACCUCCCAGCUGAUGGCCCUGGCGCGGGGCAAGGUGGUGCUGGUGCUGGAGGUGUGGCCAGGCCUGUACACACACCUCACCUCCCAGCUGAUGGCCCUGGCACGGGGCAAGGUGGUGCUGGUGCUGGAGGUGUGGCCAGGCCUGUACACACACCUCACCUCCCAGCUGAUGGCCCUGGCGCGGGGCAAGGUGGUGCUGGUGCUGGAGGUGUGGCCAGGCCUGUACACACACCUCACCUCCCAGCUGAUGGCCCUGGCACGGGGCAAGGUGGUGCUGGUGCUGGAGGUGUGGCCAGGCCUGUACGCACACCUCACCUCCCAGCUGAUGGCCCUGGCGCGGGGCAAGGUGGUGCUGGUGCUGGAGGUGUGGCCAGGCCUGUACACACACCUCACCUCCCAGCUGAUGGCCCUGGCACGGGGCAAGGUGGUGCUGGUGCUGGAGGUGACCAGUCUGACCUCACCCAAACAUUGUGGCAGGAACUGA